UAUGACGUCACAUUUCCGCGCCGGAAGUACUCGAUGGUGACGCAUUUAGCUUCCGCGGUUGUAGUGAAAUGCUAAACUGCAAUAAACUCGUUUCAAAUGAAAUGUUCACAAUAUUUGCACCAAUUUGUUUAUGUCUUUUGGGCAGAAUGCACUGACACUACCAUCAUCUUUUCUACUCAGGAUCUGUAAACCUUCGGCGUUCAUUCAUCAUGUCUUUUCUGGUGGAUUCUGUCAUCAUGUUUACCUCUCAGGUGCUAUUCUUUGGGUUUGGUUGGUUGUUCUUUAUGCGGCAGCUAUUCAAAGACUAUGAGGUGCGGCAGUAUGUCGUCCAGGUGGUUUUCUCGGUCACCUUUGCAUUUUCAUGCACCAUGUUUGAGCUCAUUAUCUUUGAGAUCCUGGGUGCCUUAAGUAGUAGUUCACGGUAUUUCCAUUGGAAGCUGAAUCUGUAUGUGAUUCUGCUGGUUUUAAUCUUCGUGGUGCCUUUCUACAUCGGUUACUUUGUUGUCAGCAACAUACGUCUUCUGCAGAGACAAAGACUUCUCUUUGCAUGUAUGGUGUGGUUCACUUUCAUGUAUUUCUUUUGGAAGUUGGGAGACCCAUUCCCCAUCUUGAGUCCUAAACAUGGGAUUCUGUCCAUCGAGCAGCUGAUCAGUCGUGUGGGGGUCAUAGGCGUCACUCUGAUGGCGCUGCUGUCUGGGUUUGGUGCCGUCAACUGUCCGUACACGUACAUGUCCUACUUCCUCAGAAAUGUGACAGACAGUGACAUCCUCGCUCUGGAGAGGCGGCUGCUCCAAACAAUGGACAUGAUUGUCAGCAAAAAGAAACGAAUUGCCAUGACGCGGAGGCAGAUGUACCAGAGAGGGGAAGACCAGAACAAGCAGACGGGAUUCUGGGGGAUGAUCAAGAGCGUCACCUCCACACAAUCGGGCAGUGAAAAUCUCUCUCUGAUCCAGCAGGAGGUCGACGCUCUUGAGGAGUUGAGCCGGCAACUCUUCCUGGAAACAGUAGACCUUCAGUCUACCAAGGAGCGAAUCGAAUAUUCAAAGACAUUCCAGGGAAAAUACUUCAACUUCCUCGGCUACUUCUUUUCCAUUUACUGUGUUUGGAAAAUCUUCAUGGCUACGAUAAACAUCGUGUUUGAUCGAGUUGGAAAAACUGAUCCAGUAACCAGAGGCAUUGAGAUCACUGUGAACUAUUUGGGCAUCCAGUUUGAUGUUAAGUUUUGGUCUCAACACAUCUCCUUCAUCUUGGUUGGAAUAAUAAUUGUAACGUCCAUUCGAGGCCUGCUUAUCACUCUGACUAAGUUCUUCUAUGCAAUAUCAAGCAGUAAGUCCUCCAACGUCAUCGUGCUCGUCCUGGCUCAGAUAAUGGGAAUGUACUUUGUCUCAUCUGUGCUGCUGAUGCGCAUGAGCAUGCCGCUGGAGUACCGCUCCAUCGUCACGGAGGUUCUGGGAGAACUGCAGUUCAACUUCUACCACCGCUGGUUUGACGUCAUCUUCCUGGUCAGCGCCUUGUCCAGCAUCCUCUUCCUCUAUCUCGCCCACAAGCAGGCUCCAGAGAAGCACAUGACUCUCUGAAGUCCUCCUCUUCUGCUGAAGGAACUCUGAUUUCUGGAUUUCUCCAGAUUCACUUUUUUUUAUGAAUGCGUUCCUGAAUCAGGAAUGGCAGACUCUUGAGUGGAAAUUUUAGUUCUUGAUUGACUCAUAACAAGGAAAUGUUUCUUUUUUUUUCUUCAAAUUAUUCAGUUUUUUUCUUAUUUUUCUUCAAAAUACAUUUUCUUUUGUCUACACUGGAGCAAAACUAUUAUCUGCAUGUCCGUUUUUCAUAAACUCAAGAAAUAAUAAUGGAUACCAUGUGUGUAUCGUCUACAGUUUAACAGACAAAUCUUAAGAAACAAAUAAAACAUGUACUUCAGAGUUA